UGUUCCGCACUGAUCCCUUCCUUGAGCAACAUUCUCAACGCAGAACCACCCGCGUCAUCUGCACGGCGCCACUGCCAUGCCCGGGGAUUACUCCGCUCAACUGUAAUCACCAAGAAAUGAUUUUUGACGAUUUUUAAUUUUAUUUCUUAAAUAUUCUGUAUCCAUUUUCGCAUAAGACAGCUUGUCAGUAAUAAAUAUAUUUUAAUUUUAUAUGCGUUAUCUGGACGACGGAAUUUAUUUUUUUAAAACCAGGAAGAAAUAUUUCGCUGAAUUCAACAGGAAAAAAUUGGCAGAAAAGUCUAAUUUAAAAAAUAAAAUUUUUGUCUUUUUAUUUUCGCACUGCACAAUUUAUGAAUUUUCAAUAUAAUUUUUUCACGUUCAUUUCUACAAAUAUUUUCAAGAUUUUUUGUGCAAACCGAUUUAUUAAUAUUAUUAAAGCUACUGGCCUAAAUAAAUAAUUUAAUUUGGGAAGAAAUUUAAAACGAUUGAAGUGAAACGAGAAUCACAAAAAUUACGCGUCUGCCAAAAACACGUUGAAACACGUUUUCUACCUGUUUCCUCUACCUCUUCGUCUCGCGUCGCCACGGACACAGAUUCCACAAAUCAAGCAGAAAAACCGCGAUAAUAACCGGAAAACUGAUCAGAGAACAGCGGCAUCGUGGCGGAGAAACCCGAGGAACUAUGAGCAGAAGCGGAAAAAGUCGAGGAAAUCAAGCACUGCCGCGAACUGCGAACAGCUGCAACAACAACACCGCAACCGAGUAAUCGUAACACGGCGCAGCGAUUAAUUGGCGCGCGCGGGGCUAAUCCGAAAAGUAUUUCCGAAAGGGAUGCGGGUUAGGCCCGAUGGCAGCAAAUGUCUCGAGACAACUUGGCCCGUUGCAAAGAAAAACUCGGAGAAAUGCCAAAGACGCUGGAUGAAUAUGUUGCGCCAGCCAGCCGGGAUAAUUUUAGACGACUGGCAGAGAAAAGGUUUAUGAGAGACGCAGAACGGCCUUGACAAGACAUUCAUCGCGCUGCACUGACUCGAAAACAACGGCGCACAUGGUGAAAAUCCCUGCAAGACAGCUAUUUAAGAAAGCGCUGAACAGGGAAAGUAUCCAUCAUGCGGGAAAUAUCAAACAGAGUGGUACAGCGCGCUUCCCUGUACGCGCCGGUUUCGCAACAAAUCGCAGCCAGACAGAGGCGGGGUCAGCGCUCUGCAGCGGUAUCACGAGCUAUCUGCGUGCACCCCAACAAAACAGUUACACCAUGUGUCCACCCUAAAUGCUAUGCCUCGUGGCACCACUCUCCGCAAUAUCGCUUAACCUGAUUAUUCGUGAAAACUUUGGCCUGUUUUAUCCAUCGUGUUGAUCCCGGGAUUUUGGCCGUUUAUCCUCAUGCUCACUUCAUCGAUCGUGAGUUUUAAUCGUUUUUUCGGGUAGUCGAUUUUCUGCGCUACUGGUUGUGGCCGAUUUCCCAUGCGGACGAAGAAGCGCAAGAACGCAGCGGAGCCUGACGAGGGGUCCGCUGCGACGGUUUCACCGCAGACGCCUGCGUUCUCCGCGAAGAAAUCGCGGCACGCUGUGGACCGUUCCGACCAGGAUUCUUCCCGUAUGGAGAGAGAUCAUGCUGCCUUAGAAAGCAGUGAUCAGGCCGCGAAGAUUCCGCUGGCGGUGGAAGAUUUCGCGGACGAUGACGGUGUCAAGUUGUUCCUCGUGCAGAUUCCGCCCGGUUUGGAUGUGGGGCGCUUAGCGGGCCAAUCGAUCCCCGUGGGACGCCGCGCGGGACAGUGCCGGCGGCGCCGGGUGACGCUGGAGACGCGGGAGGGGGAGGAUGUAAGGGAAACGGCCGCGCUGGAUGUCAGUGUCUGCCAAGUGCCGCCGCUAACGACAGAGGGAGAGGAUGGCUCGGGACAGAGCACCGGAAGCCAGCUGGCCGAUUAUCUCAAGUCUGUUCUCUUGCAGAAAUGGACCGUGGCCCUGCCCAGCCGAUCGCAGCCGGGAUACACGAUGUUGCCGCGACGCUUGGACGGACUGGUGACGAUCUCGCGCAGUAUUGCCCUGCCGCCGGUCUCCCUGGAUGUCACGCCAUAAUGUGCAUACCGUCGCCAGUUGUGUUGUUGUUGAUUCUGUGAUUAUUGGUUAACAUCGGUUGGUUUCUUCAUUUCUUGCUGACAACGUGGGACUUGUUUUUCCCAUCGGUGCCUGAUACUGACUCGUGCUCAUCAGGGAAUUAAAUAGCGAAAAUU